AUGUCUGAGGCACCAGCAGUAGGUAUAGAUUUGGGUACAACAUAUUCAUGUGUAGGUGUAUGGAAGAAUGAUGGUGUAGAGAUAAUAGCAAAUGAUCAAGGUAAUCGUACAACCCCUUCUUAUGUAGCAUUUACGGAUACAGAGAGAUUAGUAGGGGAUGCAGCAAAGAAUCAGGUAGCAAGGAAUCCAGAGAAUACAGUAUUUGAUGCAAAAAGGUUGAUAGGUAGGAAGUAUGACGAUCCAGCUGUACAGGCAGACAUGAAGCAUUGGCCAUUUAUUGUUAAGGGAGGACCAGGAGGUAAACCAUUAAUAGAAGUAAAUUACCAAGGAAUAAAGAAAACAUUUCAUCCUGAGGAGAUAAGUGCCAUGGUAUUAAUGAAGAUGAAGGAGAUUGCUGAACAAUUUAUAGGUAAAGAAAUAAAAGAAGCAGUAAUAACAGUACCUGCAUACUUUAAUGAUUCACAGAGACAGGCAACAAAAGAUGCAGGUACUAUAGCAGGAUUAAAUGUAUUACGUAUAAUAAAUGAGCCAACAGCAGCAGCAAUAGCCUAUGGGUUGGAUAAGAAGGGACAAGGAGAGAUGAAUGUUCUUAUCUUUGAUAUGGGGGGAGGGACCUUUGAUGUCUCCUUGCUUACUAUAGAGGAUGGCAUCUUUGAGGUCAAGGCUACAGCAGGAGAUACACAUCUAGGGGGAGAAGACUUUGAUAAUAGAUUAGUAGAUUUUUGUAUACAAGAUUUUAAGAGAAAGAAUAGAUCCAAGGAUCCAAGUAAUAAUAGUAGGGCAUUAAGGAGACUACGUACACAGUGCGAGAGAGCAAAGAGGACACUAAGUAGUAGUACACAAGCUACUAUAGAGAUUGAUAGUUUAUAUGAGGGUAUUGAUUACUCUGUCUCCUUAUCUAGGGCUAGAUUCGAGGAAUUAUGUAUGGAUUAUUUCCGUAACUCUCUUAUACCCGUAGAAAAAGUACUAAAAGAUAGUAAUAUAGAUAAGAGGAGUGUACAUGAGGUAGUACUGGUAGGAGGGAGCACAAGAAUACCCAAGAUACAACAACUUAUACAAGAAUUCUUUAAUGGUAAGGAACCAUGUAGAUCUAUUAAUCCUGAUGAGGCUGUUGCUUAUGGUGCAGCUGUACAGGCAGCUAUACUAAAAGGAGUAAAUAGUACACAAGUACAAGAUUUAUUAUUAUUAGAUGUUGCUCCUUUAUCAUUAGGACUAGAGACAGCAGGAGGAGUAAUGACAAAAUUAAUAGAGAGGAAUACAACAAUACCAACAAAAAAAUCGCAAAUAUUCACAACAUAUGCAGAUAAUCAGCCAGGUGUACUUAUUCAGGUGUAUGAGGGGGAGAGGGCAAUGACUAAGGAUAAUAAUUUACUAGGAAAGUUCCAUCUAGAUGGUAUACCUCCUGCACCUAGAGGAGUACCACAAAUAGAGGUUACCUUUGAUAUAGAUGCCAAUGGUAUUAUGAAUGUUACUGCUACAGAGAAAAAUACAGGAAAAAGUAACCAAAUAACUAUUACUAAUGAUAAGGGUAGACUUAGUCAGGGGGAAAUAGAUAGAAUGGUUGCUGAGGCAGAAAAGUAUAAGGCAGAGGAUGAGGCUAAUAAACAAAGGAUAGAGGCAAAAAAUAAUCUAGAGAAUUAUUGUUAUAGUAUGAGGAGUACACUUGAUGAGGAAAAGGUUAAGGAUAAAAUUAGUAAGGAAGAUAAGGAUACUGCUGCUGCUGCUAUACAGAAAACUCUUGAUUGGCUAGAUAAGAAUCAAUUAGCAGAGAAAGAAGAAUAUGAAUCUAAAUUAAAGGAGAUUGAAGGUGUAUGUACACCUAUUGUUACUAAAAUGUAUCAAGCUGCUGCAGGGGCUGCAGGAGGUAUGCCAGGUGCUGCUCCUGGUAUGCCAGGAGGUAUGCCAGAUAUGUCCGGUGCUGCUGCAGCACCAGGUGCUGGACCUACUGUAGAAGAAGUUGAUUAA